AUGGAUCGGACCUUUUUAGGGCUCAAAGCAUUUCCGUAUCCGCCACGCUUUGUCAUGGCGGAGCCAUCCCGCGAUCCAGCCGCCUACGAGGCCCCAAGCUCGAAAGGCUCCAGCUUCCUGGGUUCCGCAAAUGUGGAUGUGAGGUCAGAAAAAUCGUUUGAUUCGAAGCAGAAGAUUAGGGGAGUCAUCCACAGGUUGCCUGAGGACCAAUGGAUGGCGAAGUUGCGGGCAAAUGUGUACAAGGUGUUGCGCAAGAAGGCGACAGAGCCUGGGCAUCGCAUAAAGUUCCCUGAAGGCUUUGACGACCACAAAGAGGAGGGCGUUUACCUUUGUGCCGGCUGCCAUGCUGCUGGGCAACAGGUGCCUUUGUACACCUCGAAGAUGAAGUUCGAGUGCGGCUGCGGUUGGCCUGGCUUUUGGACAAAUGUCAAGGAUGCUGUCUACGAGCAGAGAGAUGCCGAUGGUCGAAGGUGCGAGAUCCUGUGCUCCAAGUGCAAUGGCCACCUGGGCCAUGUCUUCCGUGGAGAGGGCUUUCCAUUUUGCACUGAUGAGCGCCAUUGCGUCAACUCCUUGAGCCUAGUGUUCCUGCCGCACAAGGGUGGUGACGUGGUGUCACCUUCGUAUAGUGGCCCAGUCUUUGGGUGA